UCCUAUUGUGCGGAAAAACUAAGGAAAUAUUCAUUUAUAUUAAAUAAAUAAAAUUAUUAAACUAUUGAUAUCUUGUUCUAUUUAUAUAAAUUGUAUAGUAGAUGAUUAAUUAGGCAGAUUUAAAAGUAAUAUGAAUCUCUUUGUCGACGAAUGUUAUAGGCUUUGGGCUUUUAACAAAAAUAUUAUUCUUGCAGUGUUUAGGUUCUGCCCAAUGUUUUUAUGCUAACAAAAAUUGAAUUAAUAUAUCCUCAAAAUGAAGUGCGCCGUAAUCGGAUGUUCAUAUCAUUCGACUAAGGAAAUUGGUUGUGGAGAAAUAACAUUUCACGCAGUUCCAACAAAUGUACUUCUGAGAGAACAAUGGCUAAAGGUCAUUGACAUGAACAAAACAUCACAGAGAAUGUAUGUUUGUUCGUUACAUUUCAACUAUUUUGACAUUCUUCCAUCUGGUGACCUUAUGGUUGGUGCUGUACCUGAAAUAUUGCAGACCUGCCUAAUAUGUUUAUCUGUAGGAAGGAAACUGUAUGAUAUGAACAAUAAUAAUAAUUUGAAUAAAGCAUAUGAAGAAAUUACUGGACUAAUGGUGUGGGAUUCAGAAAGUCUACCUCGGAAGCUAUGCUGGGAAUGCACUCAUAGAUUGUUGACUAGCUACCGGCUGAGACUCAAGGCGCAUCGGAGUCACCACGCGCUGACUGAGGCGGCCAAGUCGAACACAUUUCUCACCACAGAUGUUAUACUGAGUUUAGACCGCCCAGGAAAUAAUCUUACGACAACUCAUACCCAAAAGUACAAUAUAGACGAUUAUCACGUCUAUUUAGAAGAGAGCCAAUUCGCUGACAUCAAGCCGGAAGUCGAUUUAAAAGAUAUCGAUUUAAAUGUUGAAAUCGAUUUGAAAAACGAAACGUUUUCCGACAACGAAGAACGGAGCGUUUCACCGGAUUUCCUUAUUGACGAGCAAAUAGUCGUCACACCAGAGGAUUUGAAAAUAGAACAAUUGGAAAAUGAAACAAAAAAAGAAACGUCUAAAAUCGAUAAGCGAAGGAAGGGCAUAGCGUUGGAUGAAUCGAUAUUCAAAAUAACCGAUUUGAGUUUGGAGGAACAACACGAGGAGAUUCAAAAAAGGAAGGAAUCUUCGAAUUUUAAAAAUUCUCAGUUCAAAUGUAUGGUUUGCUACAAAGGUUUUGGCGAAGAAGAAUCUUAUACAAUGCAUUUGUAUAAGCAUUCAGAUAAAGCAGGCACACACGAAUGCGACAUAUGUAAGAUACGUUUCAAAACUGCUCGCGAUUUGAGAACACAUCUCGUGUCGCACACGCAGAAGUUUAGCUGUAAAAGUUGUCCGUACGUCACUACAAGGAGAAACGCGGCGAGAAAUCAUGAGAAUUAUCACAACGGCACUGUGCAUUGUUGCCCGCAUUGUUCAGAGCAGUUCAGCAAGAUAUCAACAUACAUGAGCCACGUGCGCAUCAAACACCCGUCCGACUUCGUCUGCGCUCUGUGCGGCAACUCGUUCGUCAGCCAGAAGGGGGUGGCGCUGCACAAGAAGCUGAAGCACCGGUUCGACGAUCACGCGAUACCACCGGACGCCCCAUACUGUGAACCGUGUGAUAUACGCUUUCAGAACACCAGAGCUUUGGAGAGACAUCAGUUGUUAUCUCCUAAACAUAAUGUUAGAGUGAAACCCACGAGACCACCUCGAGGUCCCAACAGGACUCGUCAGAAGGAAGAGGUCAACAUCACAGAAGGUCCUAUAUGCUGUGAACAAUGCGACGAGAAACUGCCGAACGCCGUUCUGUACUUCCAACACUUCCGUCGUUCACACCCCGACAAGAACAGAACGAACUUCCCCAGCACGGUGCGAGUGAGAGCGCAGUCCAUGUGUGAGGUCUGCGGCAGAAUGUUCCAGAGCCUAGCGCUGCUGACCGACCACAGCCACACGCACAGAGCCGAGCAGCAGUUCUCGUGCCCCCAGUGCAACAAGAGGUUCCAGCGGAAGUACCGCCUGGUGCAGCAUCUGAAGCUUCACGCGGCCGUGAGGAAGACCUUCGCGUGCUCCGAGUGCGGCAAGCGGCUCAGCUCCAGCUCCAACUUGCAGCGGCACCGGGCGACCCACACCAGCUUAAAACCCUUCAAAUGUGAAACGUGCGGGAAAUGUUUCAAACACGCUAGCCAGCGGCGCGAGCACAUAGCGUACGUUCACAUGAAGAAGCCGUGGCCGAAGAGGAACAGGGGCGACAGGCGGGCGGUCUUGCCAACGCACGGAACGAGCGAAGAGGAUCCGCAAAUGUGGCCGCAUUGCGAAUAGAUUAUCUUUAGGUUAGGAAUAACAUAUAUAUGUAUGUAUAUACUAUAUAUUAUAUAUUUCACUGUCGAUAUUAUACUGGCGACGGGCUAGCAACCGUCACUAUUUGAAUCUCAAUUCUAUCGAAUGAUACAGCCAAACAGCUGAAUGUGGCCUUUCAGACUGUUGGCUCUGUCUACCCCGCAAGGGAUGUAGACGUAAUGAUAUGCAUGUAUGUCGAUACUAUUGCUAAUGUCGAUAUUGUAGAUAAUUUUGCCGUGUGGUUCCCGGCGCCAAUCAAUUUAAGAAGGAAUAGGACCACUCCAUUUCUUUCCUAUGGAUGUCGUAAAUGGCGAUUAGGGGAUAAGCUUAUAAACUUGGGAUUCGUCUUACAGGCGAUGGGCUAGCAACCUGCACUAUUUGAAUCUCAAUUCUAUCAUUAAGCCAAACAGCUGAACACACUGUUAGUCUGUCAAGACUGCCGGCUCUGUCUACCUCGCAAGGGAUAUAGACGUGAUUUUAUGAAUGAAGGACUUAUAAAUGUGGUAGGCUGAUAUUCGGUACCAGACGCCAAGGCGAUGUCGCAAUCUGAUAAUUA